AUGCCUAGCCUAUUGAAUGAAGGUCCAGCAGCAACAGCAGCAACAGCAACAGCAGCAGCAGCAACGCUAGCUGCAGCACACCCGCCUGCAGCAGCAGCAGCCCCAGCAGCAGCAGCAGCAGCGCCAGCAGCAGCACCAGCAGCACCAGCAGCACCAGCAGCAGAACGGAGGCCUACGGCAGGAACAGCCAUCACAGAGAGACGCGUAGCUACAGCAGCAGCAGCAACAGCAGCAGCAGCAACAGCAGCAGCAGCAACAGCAACAGGAGCAGCAGCAGUACCGUCCGAUCCCGCAGCAGCAAACGCAAGAGCUGCAACUGCAGCAAGUGCAGCAACUGCAGCAGCAGCCAAAUGCCCAGCAACAAAAGCAGCAGCAACAACAGUAACAGCAGCAGCAGCAGCAGCAGCAGCAGCAGCAGCAAAAGCAGCAGUAUCGGAUCGUCCUCACGGUCGACUCCAGCUAGAAGCAGCAGAUGCCCUUGCCGACAGCAGCAGCAGCAGCAGCAGCAGCGGCAACCGCAGAAGCAGCAACCGCAGCAGCAGCAUCCGCAGCAGCAGCAUCCGCAGCAGCAGCAGAAGCAGCAACAGCAGAAGCAGUAGCAACAGCAGCAGCAGCAGCAGCAGAGAGGAGAUCUGUGCGUCUCUCCCUGCUGAGCUGCUGAUAGAGAAAGCUGCUGCUCCAAGCAGCAGCAGCAGCAGCAGCAGCAGACGCAGCUGCCCAUCGAUGCUGCGAGGCAGCAGCAGCAGCAGCAGCAGCAGCACAUGCGACGAGACGGCCUCCUACAGCAGGAGCAGCAGCAGCAGCAGCAGCAGCAGCAGCAGCUCUUGCUGCUGCGGAGACACCCCGUUGUGGUCGAGCGAUGAGGAGACAAAGGAAAGUCGGCAGCAGCAGCAGCAGCAUAACAGAGGAGCGCAGCAGCAGCAGCAGCAGCAGCAGCAGCAGCAGCAGCAGCAGCUGGAGCAGGAGCAGGAGCAAGAGCAGCAGCAGCAGCUGCAGCAGCAGCAGCGCGAGGACGUAGAGAUAGCAGUGCAGCAGCAACAGCAGCAGCAGCAGCAGCAGCAACAGCAUUUCUAUAGGACUGGCGACUGCCAGGAGCCGUUGCUGCAGGAGCAAGGGCAGCAGCAGCAGCAGCAGCAGCAGCAACAGCAGCAGCAGCAACAACAGCGAGACAAAGAACAGCAAGAACAGCAGCAGCAGCUGGAUAACAAACAGCAGCAGCAGCAGCAGCAGCAGCGAGACAACGAACAGCAGCAUCUGCAGCAACUGCAGCAGGAGCAGCACUCGUCGCGUCUCAGCAGCACAGACAAAGACAUUGCCAGCAGCAGCAGCAGCAGCAGGAGCAGCAGCAGCAGGAGCAGCAGAAGCAGCAGCAGCAGCAUCCGGAAGAGCCAACGUAGAUGCAGCAGCAGCAGCAACAACAACAGCAACAGCAGCAGCAGCAACAGCAGCAGCAGCAGCAGCAGCAGCAGCAGCUUUGCAGAGCUGCAGGCGGAGCUGGGCCGCUGCCAGGCUGCAUGCAAGGAGCAGCAAGAAGCACUUGCGCAGCAGCAGCUGCUGUUGGAGCAGCAGCAGCACACGAUGAUGCAGCAGCAGCGCCUCAUUCAGCUGCUGCGCCUUCGUCUUGCUUCUUUAGGUAUAUCUGCUGCAGCAACCUCCCCACGUGCUGCUGCUGCUGCUGCUGCUGCUGCUGUUGCUGCUGAGGAAGACAACCCAGCGGAGCAACAGCAGCAGACAGAAUGCAGCAGCAGCAGCAGCAGCAGCAGCAGCAGCAGCAGCAGGGGAGAGUAUACAGCUCGGUCUUGGGAGGCUGAGCGAGGCCUACAAGAGCUGCAGCAGCAGCUGGAGCUGGAGCAGCAGCUAGAGGUGCAGCAGCAGCUGCAGCAGCAAAAGCAGCAGCAGCAGCAGCAAUGCUACACACAGUAUUUUGUUCUAUCUAGCGGCAGCAACAGCAGCAACAGCAGCAACAGCAGCAGCAGCAGAAACAGCAGGCAAGUAUCAGACGGCAGUGCUGGCUGCAGCAGCGGCGACGUCUCUCCCCACAGCAGCAGCAGCAGCAGCAGCAACAGCAGCAGCAGCAGCAGCAGGAGCUUCAGCUUGGCCAGCAGCAGGAGCAGCAGGUCGAUUGACUGCCCCUACCAAGAGAUGCAGCAGCAGCAGCAGCUGCAGCAGCAGCAGCAGAAGCAGCACCAACAAGAACAACAACAGAAGCAAAACUACCAACAGCAGCAGCAGCAGCACGAGCAGCAACAGAAGCAGCAGCAGCAACAGCAGCAGCUCCUAUACGACGCAAGCUACGAGCGGCACGCAGCAGAAGCGGCCUCAGCAGCAACUGCUGCAGCAGCAACUGCUGCAGCAGCAACAGCAGCAGCAGCAGCAGCAGCACCAGCUGCUUCUGCUGCUGUCCUCUCUGGCUGGCUCGCAGCACGUUCCCCCAAUGGCUAUCCCCGCAGCGUAUGCAACCCGCUAACAGCAGCAGCAGCAGCAGCAGCAGCAGCAAAAGCAGCAACGGCAGCAGCAACACCAGCAAGUACAACAGCAUCAGCAGCAGCAGCAGCAGCAAGAGCCCCUGAAGCAGCUUCUCCCGGUGUACAUACACCUGCUGCUGGCUGCAGCAGCGCAUACCCAAGAGCAGCAACAGCAGCAGCAGCAGCAGCAGCAGCAGCAGCAGCAGCAGCAGCACCUGCUGCUGCAGCUGCUGCUGUAUCGCCACAUGGGGUAUUGCCUCGCCUAGUGCUGCCGGCUGCUGACGCAGCAGCAACAGAAGCAGCAGAAGAAGCAGCAGCAACAGAAGCAGCAGCAGAAACAGAAGCAGCAGCAGCAACAGAAGCAGCAGCAGCACAUACAGAAACAACAGGGGGCAAAGUAACUACAGAAGCACCAGCAGCAGAAGCAGCAGCAGCAGCAGCAGCAGCAGCUGCUGCUGCUGCUGCUGCUGUUCCAACUCCAGAAGAAGCAACAGGAGGAACAGCAACAGCAGAAAUAGCAGCAGCAGCAGCAGCAGCAGCAGCAGGAGAAGCAGCAGCAGCAGCAGCAGCAGACCAGUGGCUGCAGCAGUGGCUGCAGCGGCCCAACCGCCAUGGGGCCCUCAGCGCCUCCUCCAGCUCCAGGUCCUCUUCUGACGACAGUGAGGGGGAGCAGCAGCAGCAGCAGCAGCAGCAGCAGCAGCAGCUGCAGCAGCCAGCUCCAGGUCCUCUUCUGACGACAGCGAGGGUUGCUGCCGCCUGUUGUGCUGCAGCAGCAGCAGCAAGAGCAGCAACAGCAGCAGCAGCAACACGACAAUUAGUAGCAGCAGCAACAGCAGCAACAGCAUCAGCAGCAUAA